UUCAAGUGUGCCGUGCUGUAACUGUAACUUUAUACGUGUGAGAGCACAAUAUUUCACACUAUAAUUUAUUAUUACAUCAGUUACAUUUCCGCAUUCGGAAAAAGUCGACAAUGAAAAUUGUAGCUAACAAAACAAACCCACCGUUAGGUGGUUUAUUUGUUGCCGAAUAUGUUAAACUUGUGGUAAAAGCUCCCAUAGAAUUGACCUGGGAUUCCCAAACAGUCGUAGAGAAAACCAAUUGUAGGACCAGUAAUGAUGUUGCCAGAAUUAUUGCCAAGCAGUUCAGUAAGGAAUUGGAAUUGUAUGGAAAUUCUCCUUCCGAAGCUACAGAAAUCGACAGCUGGCUGACUUUCGCAUUGGGUCCUCUAAGCACGAAAAGCGAUUUCUCAAAAGCUGUGGAUGUUCUUAAUAAAGCUUUAGCUCCUGUUACUUACCUGGUUACUAAAAAGCCCACUAUCGCCGAUUUUGUUGUAUUUGGUGCUUUAUAUACCAAUAAACAAUGGCAGGAUGUUCUCAAGUCUACUAAAUCAUCUUUAGUCAAUGUGAUCCGUUGGUACAAUUUCAUGAAUGCUCAAGAUGCCGUGAAAAACGUAUUAAACAAUCUACCUCCAGAUGUAGCUCAAAAUUUGUCCAAUCAGGACAAACCGACUGUUAAAAAUGAAAAGGCAACCGUGGGUAAUCGAGCACAAGAAGGGAAAUUCGUAGAUUUACCUUUUGCGGAAAUGGGGAAGGUUGUUGUCAGGUUUCCUCCUGAGGCUUCAGGUUACUUGCAUAUCGGCCACGCGAAGGCAGCCCUGCUCAAUCAAUACUACCAAGAAGCCUUCCAAGGUAAACUGAUCAUGAGAUUCGACGAUACGAACCCUGCCAAGGAGGACUUGCAUUUCGAGAAGGUGAUCUUAGAAGACGUCGCCAUGCUGGAAAUUAAGCCGGACAUCUUCACGCACACAUCACAAUAUUUCGAAUUGAUGAUCAGCUAUUGCGAGAAACUGUUGAAAGAAGGAAAAGCCUAUGUGGACGAUACCGAGCCGGAGCUGAUGAAAACGCAAAGGGAACAACGAAUCGAAUCUGUUAAUAGAAAUAACGAUGUCGCUAAGAACUUUGCCAUGUGGGAGGAAAUGAAAAAGGGCACAGAGAAAGGUCAGAAAUGUUGCGUAAGAGCAAAAAUGUUUAUGGAUUCACCGAACGGUUGCCUGAGAGAUCCGACUAUUUACCGAUGCAAAAACGAACCUCAUCCUAAAACCGGGAACAAAUUCAAAGUUUAUCCAACGUACGAUUUUGCCUGCCCCAUCGUAGAUUCCAUUGAAGAUGUAACUCACGUUCUCCGUACAAUGGAGUAUCACGACCGCGACGAGCAGUUCUACUGGUUCAUCGACGCUUUGGGGCUGAGAAGGCCCCAUAUAUGGGAGUACAGUCGAUUGUCGAUGACCAAUACCGUGCUGAGCAAAAGAAAGUUGACUUGGUUCGUUAACGAGGGCUUAGUUGAUGGUUGGGACGAUCCCCGGAUGCCGACAGUGAGGGGUGUAUUGAGAAGAGGAAUGACCGUGCAGGGUCUCAAGGAGUUUAUCAUAGCUCAGGGUUCGAGUAGAUCGGUCGUCUUCAUGGAAUGGGAUAAGAUUUGGGCGUUUAAUAAAAAAGUAAUCGAUCCGAUUGCUCCUAGGUAUACUGCAGUUGAAUUCGACGAUCCUGUGAGUGUAUUAGUUAAAGGCGUGAAAGAGGAAUGUCUCGCUGUGCCUAAGCAUCCUAAAAACGUUGAUGUGGGAAAUAAAGAGGUUUGGAUAGGCCCCAAGUUACUCAUCGAUAGAGCUGAUGCUGAAGCAUUAAAAGAAGGAGAAAAUGCGACUUUUAUUAAUUGGGGAAAUUUGCUUAUCAAAAAAAUCAACAGGGAGAGCAAUAAAAUCGCAUCAGUAGAAGCCGAACCUAACUUGGACAACAAAGACUACAAGAAAACAUUGAAACUAACAUUUUUAGCCGUAACGGAUAAAGCUCCCUUCACUCCGACCUACUGUGUGUACUUCGAUCACAUCAUCAGCAAGCCGGUUUUGGGAAAAGACGAAGAUUUCAAGCAAUACAUCGGCCACGAAACUAGAAAAGAAAUCCAAAUGCUCGGAGAUCCGGAAUUGAUGAAACUCAAAGCUGGCGAUAUUAUCCAGCUACAAAGGCGCGGGUUCUUCCGUGUGGAUGUUCCUUACGGUCCCGCUAGUUUGCAUACCUACAGAGAACAGCCUAUUAUAUUGUUCCAUGUACCCGAUGGUCACGCUAAAGAAAAUAUACCGCUUAAUAAAGUUACAUCAAGUGACCAGGUUUCUGCUAAAACUAGUACCUCUGCAGUUGCUGCUAAACCCCCGUCGAAGUCCGCAUCAAGUUUAAACGAAGACAUUGUAAAGCAAGGAGAUGCAGUACGAAAAUUGAAGGAACAAAAAGCUGCUAAAAGCGAUAUAGAUGCAGCCGUGAAAAUUCUACUUGCUCUGAAAGCUGAAUACAAAGCAGUAGCUAAUUGCGAUUGGAAACCAGGUUGUGUGGUUCCCACUACUGCUAGUAAACCUAGUACGCCUUCGGUUGCUACUAAACCUCCGUCGAAGUCUGCAGCAAGUUUAAACGAAGACAUCAUAAAGCAAGGAGACGCAGUACGAAAAUUGAAAGAACAAAAAGCUGCUAAAAGCGAUAUAGAUGCAGCCGUGAAAAUUCUACUUGCUCUGAAAGCUGAAUACAAAGCAGUAGCUAAUUCCGAUUGGAAACCAGGCUGUGUGGUUCCCACUGAGGCCAACAACGAUAAAACCAAUGCAGGUGCGGAGGAAUUGAACAAAAAAAUCAUCGCUCAAGGCGACAAGAUUAGGCAAUUAAAAUCCCAAAAGGCCGAUAAAACUGUCGUGGAAGCCGAAGUGAAAGUUCUCCUGUCUUUGAAAUCGGAUUACAAAUCCGCCAGCGGGAAAGAUUGGACUCCCGGGCAAGUCGUAAACGCGAAGCCAAUUGCAGAUGAACAGUCUCUGCUUCGACGGAUCGCCGAGCAAGGCGAUAAAGUUAGAGAUUUGAAAGCUAAAAAGGCGGAUAAAAAAGCCGUCGAUGAAGAGGUCAAAGCGCUGUUGAGCCUUAAGGCCGAUUAUAAAUCGUUAACCGGUAAAGACUGGAAACCUAAUACUCAAGCAUCUGCUGCUCCUCCAGCUUCUCCUGCUGCUGUUUCAAAUACUCCAUUAAAGUCGAGUGUCGAUGAAAAUAGCUUACUGUUAGAUAUCAGUAAACAAGGUGAUGCUGUCAGACAAUUGAAAGCAGACAAAGCUGAAAAAUCGAAAGUAGACGAGCAAGUGAAGAAGCUGUUGCUUCUGAAAGAAAAUUUCAAGAAUUUAACCGGCAAGGAGUGGAAACCGAACAUGAAACCGACCGCACCGGAAGCUCCUGCAACAGGAGGCGGCGGUGGCGGUGACGUCAAAGAUGCUCUAACGGCGAAAAUUACCGAUCAAGGAAACAUCGUCAGGAAUUUGAAAUCAUCGAAAGCUGCAAAAGACGAAAUAGACAAAGCCGUCAAAGUUUUGCUGGAUUUGAAGCAGGAAUACAAAACGGUAACGGGCAACGAUUUCGCCGCGCCUGCCGCUCGCGAAUCCAAACCUAAAGAAAAAGCACCCAAGCAGAAACCUGUUCAAAAAGCGCCAAAACCAGAGAAAGACGAGGGCGCCGUUAAAAAGCAAACGAGAUUAGGUUUAGAAGCCAAAAAGGAAGAAAACUUCUCCGAUUGGUAUUCGCAAGUCAUCACGAAGGGAGAAUUAAUAGAGUACUACGACGUAUCGGGUUGUUACAUUCUAAGACCGUGGUCUUACGCCGUUUGGGAAUCGAUCAAAGAUUGGCUCGACGCCGAAAUUAAAAAACUGGACGUACAGAAUUGCUAUUUCCCCAUAUUCGUGUCCAGGGCCGUUUUAGAGAAAGAAAAAACCCACAUUGACGAUUUCUCGCCGGAGGUAGCGUGGGUUACGAAAUCGGGAGACUCCGAUAUGGCUGAGCCCAUAGCAGUUAGACCAACAUCGGAAACUGUCAUGUACCCUGCCUACGCCAAAUGGAUCCAAUCUUACAGAGAUCUACCUAUAAAAUUGAAUCAAUGGAACAACGUAGUGAGAUGGGAAUUCAAGCACCCACAGCCAUUCAUACGAACGAGAGAAUUCUUAUGGCAAGAGGGCCACACGGCGCACGCCGACGAAAAAGACGCCAUUAGCGAAGUAGAGACAAUUUUAGAUUUGUACGCUAAAAUCUACACGGACUUGCUGGCGAUACCGGUGGUAAAGGGCCGGAAAACGGAGAAGGAAAAAUUCGCCGGCGGCGACUACACGUUAACCGUAGAAGCUUUCAUAUCGACUAGCGGUAGGGCCAUUCAAGGCGCCACGUCCCACCAUUUGGGCCAAAACUUCUCCAAGAUAUUCGACAUCAUCUACGAGCAUCCGGAGACCCAAGAGAAAACUUACGUCUAUCAAAACUCUUGGGGCAUCACCACUAGGACAAUAGGUGUAAUGGUAAUGAUUCACGGCGAUAAUCAAGGAUUAGUUUUACCGCCUCGGAUAGCCUCCGUACAGGUGGUGAUCGUGCCCUGCGGGAUCACCGUGGCGCUUUCGGAUGCGGCUCGUGCACAAUUGCAAUCGUCCUGCGAGGCCUUGGAAGGCGAGCUGAAAGGGGCCGGCGUGAGGGUGAAGGGCGAUUACAGGGAUAAUUAUUCGCCCGGUUGGAAAUUCAAUCAUUGGGAACUUAAGGGUGUUCCGAUUAGGAUCGAGUUGGGGCCGAAGGAUAUUGAAAAAAAUCAGUUGAUAGCCGUAAGGAGGGAUACGGGUGAAAAAAUUACGAUAGCGAGAGCGAGCGCUGCGAAUAAACUACGCGAAUUGCUUGAUGCAAUACAUGAUAGUUUAUACAAGAAAGCCUCUGACGAUUUGAACUCUCACAAAGUAGUCUUAACGGAUUGGUCCAAGUUCACUCCUGCCCUGGACAAAAAGAACAUCAUUUUGGCCCCAUUCUGCGGUCAAAUCGAUUGCGAAACUAAAAUCAAGAACGACAGUACGAGGGACGAUAGCGAUCAGGUUGAACCGGGUGCUCCUGCUAUGGGGGCGAAGUCUUUGUGCAUACCUUUGGAACAAACUAUUCCUAUAAAACCCGGCGACAAGUGCAUUCAUCCGGAUUGUAAAAAUAAACCUGUCAGUUACACUUUGUUCGGAAGGAGUUAUUAAGAAUAAACGUUUUCGUAUUUUUUUGGAAGUCUGUACGUUUUUUCCCGUUUCUCCUUAAUCCAAAAGUAGACGCAAAAUCCUCC